AUGUAUUAUUAUCCCAUUCUGGCAGUAUUCAUAGACCAUGACUCUCUAUCCAACAGAUCCCACCUGAAUAGAUCAGAGAUGGCCCAGAAAAGCCGCCUACCUGCCCCUUAUGGAGUACCUGUCCUUGCAGUUUUACUUUUGCCGUGUCUAGUCACAGGGGUGGAGCUGGCUAUAAACAAUAGUUCUGAUAACCAAAUACUAUCCACGAAGCCUGGCCGUGAAGAGUCCCUGUGGUGCACUGUACGUAACAACAGCAGGGCGGAGGAAUUACGCUGGUACCGAGGAGAUGGGACUGUGAACUUGAAAGAUGGAAAUAAAAUGAACACCACUAACAUCUGCAUACUUCCAGUCUCUAAGACCGACAAUGGCGUCAGCUUUACCUGCAAGCUGGUGCGGAACGAGUCCAUUCAGAUCUCGGUGACUCUGGAUGUCCAGUUUCCCCCUCUCCUAACUGGGGAAGACCCUCCUCCAGUAGAAGAAAAGAAUGAUGUGAAGCUGACCUGCAAUGUGAAUUCCAACCCUCAAGCUGAAAUGGUUUGGUAUAAAGACAACAGCACUCUGACCCUGAAGAAAGAUCGCUAUCAGAUACACCAUACUAGUGAGGUCUUCCAGCUGACUAUCAAGAAAGUAGAAAAAUCUGACAAUGGAACAUACACCUGCGAAGCUAAAUCUGUUCUCGGAGAGAUGAGAAAGGAGUUCCACCUGACAGUUGAAGAUAGGAAACCGGCUUUUCCCUUGGAGGCCAUUAUUGCUGCCAUCGUGGUGGUUUUACUCACUGUAAUUUUUGGAAUUGUGGCUCGAAGAGAAAAAAUAUUUAAGUGCUCCAAAAAGACAAAAGAAACACCAAGUGAAACAGCUCUGUGAAGAACUCCUGAGGUUACUGUGUGCGCCUAAGAAGCACCAUCUGUAGCAGGACAUAUGCCCUUGUGUUAAGGGAUGGGAUUAGCCAUUAUACAUUGCAAUAGUUACUC